AUGGCUGGCAAGGGGCAGAGCAGGGAGCAACCACAGUGCUCUGCUCUCCCACGGGAGAGCUCUCCCAGCCAUUGGCACCGUGUGCUGCUCGGUCGCUGUUGCAGACUGAAUCGGGCGCUGCAGCACGAGCAGGGCUUCGCUGACCGCUUCCUUCCUGAUGACGAGGCAGCCCGGGCAUUGGGCAGGACGUGCUGGGAGGCCCUGGUGAACCCCUUGGUGCAGAGCAUCACUAGCCCAGGCCCCGAUGGCGUCAGUCCCUUGGCCUGGCUGCUGAGGGAGUACCUGGAGAGCGUGGAGCCGCCCUGCCGUGCCAGGGGACACAGGGCUGCCUUUGGUUCCUGUGUGCGGCGCCUGACCCAGCUCCUGGUGCACGUGGACCUUGGUGGCCCAGAGCCAGAGGAGACAAGAGCAGCUGGUGGGAAGGCAGGGAAGAACAAGGAGGUGCCAGCCAGGGCUGCAAAGGCAGUGGUGGAGAAGUCGAGCGGCCUGUGGGGAAUCUCGCAGUGCUGGCGUGGCGUGGUGCAGCAGCAGGUGCAGCAGUUCCUGGAGGCAGCAGGGCAGGUACCAGACCUUGCAGAGCAAUACUGCAGGCUGUACCAGCGCCUGCGCGGUGCCACGGAGGAGCUCUUUGGGCAGCAGGCGGCCUUCAUGCUGGCCCUGGGCCAGGGCUUUGCGGGGGCUUUGCUGCAGCUCUCCUUCCUGACUGCCCUGCACGUGAGUGAGCAGUUU